CUUCUCCCUUUGCCUCAGAAAAAAAAGCACUCUGACUUUUGAACUUCUUUAUUAUAGGCAGACUUUUCUCUCAAAGCUGUUCUUGACUUUUGACGGAUGUUUGCUUUCCUCAUCCAGUUCAGCAUGUCCGCAGUGAAGCUGCUCCUGUCCUGUCUGCUUUUCAGGGAGGUUCAUGCGCUGCCAGGUAACUUCUGGCACAUCACGGAUAUGCAUUGGGACCAAACAUACAAACUGAUCGAUAAUCCUGAACUGGUGUGCGCAUCAAGCGGCAAACGACCCGCAGCCAAUGCGGGGAGAUUUGGAGACUAUGCUUGUGACUCGCCAUGGCAUCUUAUCAACUCCUCGGUGUAUGCCAUGAAGGAUAUUCUACCAGACCCCGACUUCAUCGUGUGGACAGGAGAUGACACACCACAUGUCCCCAAUGAGGAUCUGGGAGAAGAGGCAGUGCUGAGCAUUAUCAGCAACCUCACUCACAUCAUAAAACAGGUCUUUCCACACACUAAAGUGUACUCUGCCCUGGGAAACCACGAUUACCACCCUAAGAGCCAGCUUCCUGCUGGCCCAAACUACAUCUAUAACCAAACAGCAGAAAUGUGGCAGGACUGGCUGGAUCCAGAGUCCCAAGGAACAUUUAAAAAAGGUGGAUAUUACACAGAAAAGCUGCUGAGUCGAACGGGUUUCAGGAUGCUGGUCCUCAACACAAACCUCUACUAUGACCAGAACAAGCUGACCCUGGACAUGGAUGACCCAGCGGGCCAGUUUAGCUGGGCCGAUCAGGUUCUUACAGAGGCUACCAACAACAAAGAGAAGGUGUACAUCAUUGGCCACGUUCCCCCAGGUUUCUUUGAGAAGAAGAGAAAUAAGGCGUGGUUUACACCCAAAUUCAACCAGCAAUAUUUGGAUUUAAUCCAGAAGCAUCAUUCCGUCAUACUCGGGCAGUUCUUUGGCCAUCACCAUACAGAUACUUUCCGCAUGUUCUACAACUCAGAGGGCUCUCCUAUCAGCACAAUGUUUCUCAGCCCAGGGGUCACACCGUGGAAAACAACGCUUCCUGGAGUCGUGGAUGGUGCAAACAACCCUGGGAUUCGUGUGUUUGAAUAUGACACCCAAACACUUCUGGUCAAAGAUGUUGUGACAUAUUAUCUGAACCUGACUCGUGCUAAUGUGGCCAGUGGACGCUGGGAGAAAGAAUACCGCCUCACGGAGAGCUUCAGAGUACCAGACGCCUCUCCAGCUUCCAUGCACCAGGUUCUGGAGCGCAUUGCUAAUAGCAACUGCUACUUACAGAAGUACUACGAGUACAACUCUGUCAGCUAUGACCUGACAGAGUGUAACAGUGACUGCCGUGUUGACCACGUCUGUGCAGCCAGAGAGGUAGACUUCAGCAGAUAUGAACACUGUCUGGAAAAAGAAGGGGCAGCCGCCAUUUAUGGUGGGUUGCUGCCGGUCCUCUCUGUGGCUGUAAGUCUGGUGUUGUCCAGUCGAUAAUGAUUGUCUAUCACAGAUUACGUUUAAAAUAUAUAAUUGAAGCUUCAAGGUAUUUUUGGAUAGGAAAUGACUACACUUAACAGUUUGCAUCAGCGGAUGUGUGUUCACUUUUUAAAUUAUAAUUAAUUAUAUGACAUCUGUAAUUUAAGUGAGUCAUUCACUAUAUAUAAUUAAGCAGGAGAAAAAACAACCUUUGGCUUCAGCAAUCUCGGGUGCAGCCUCUUUACCUGGGUUUAUUGGUGCUAGUUAAAUACUUCACUUCCAGUCAACCAAAAAAAAUAUGGUAUUCUUGUGGCUCAAGACGAAGUACAUACCAUGCAACCCUGAUGAAGCUCUACUGUAUCUAUUUAAUAAACCCAGAUAUCAACCUUAGUUGUAUGUAUGUAUUGUCUUAACAGAAAGAGUCAGUGCAUCGGUAAUAUCAAAAUUUCCACAACAACAAAUGUGUUGAUUAAAAUUAACUGAACCUAUUCAUGUCCAUUUAAAUUCAAUGCAAUCUCUCACUAACAGAUAAAGCUGCUAUCAGGGUUCUAUGAUGAUCACUGUUAUCUCACACUGUUGUAUAAAGAUUUAAUGAGUUUUUGAUUACUGCCAGGAAAACCUCAUAGUGUCAUUUCAGAACAUGACAGAAACAGGACUUUGAGCCUGCUGUGAACACACAUUUAUUGAGUACUGUAUGUGCUUGAGCCACAUAUUUGUGUCUGUUAGACUUGACAGUUCACACACUAUGGUGUGACCAGUUAGUUCACAUGAUGAGGACCUGUUUAGCUGAAGUGAAAGGCUGCAUAGCUGCAUCAAGAGCUUUGUUGUAGUGUUGAAGCCCCACCUCAGUGCAGGCAGGAGCUGUCAGCUUCCCCUGCUGGAUGAGGGAGCACAGUUCAUCCAGCAUGGCUCUAAAGGCCGUUUCAUCUAAGGAGAAAAUUAGCACAGUUUCUCAUGAAAUUAAUUUAUAAGAUGUGUAUCCUGAGCUAUGAAAGAGGUAACUCCAUGCUGACUCACCGUUUGAGUGGUCUCUCUUCCACUGCGUGACCCAAAAUCCCCGAACCUUAACAUCCUUGAAAAUCAGAGCACUCUGGAGAGACAAAGUUUAGUAAAUGUACUGAGAAAUAAUGUUUUUGUGAAAUUUUCUGGGAGCAAAUCUGGUAGAACAUAGCAAGUUUCAUCUUACUACAGGGACAGUAACUGGCUGCUUGGCCAUCCCGCCGUAUGUCACCAUAGAGCCUCCAAUCCUGGAAUAAAUUUAAAAAAUGGCAUUUUAUGAUAAACUUUUCUCUGCAGUGUAAGGAUAUUAUAUCAUGUUAAGAAAGAUUAUUUAAAAUCCUCACUGUAGAUGACGGAGCAGCUCUGUUGCACUCUUGCCUCCGACUCCAUUUAAUGCCAGUUUUGGUUUUGGGCAUGUCUUUAAAAAAACAGGACGCAUUAUGACUGUGUUUAUAGACUGAUAGGCAGAACCACAUGCUCUUUUAUUUAAAGCUGCCUUCACAGCCACAGACCUUGAACAGUUCCUUAAUCUCAGGACGCCUCAGAGUCUCUUCUUUGAUCACAUGAGUUGCUCCGAUAGCCUUCAACCUGCUACUGAGCUGUGUGAACUCUGGCCUUCGAAAGGGAAAAUGAAAUGAGGGAGUUCAUUACAGUCAUAAAUUCUAGCACACACAUACAAAAAAAACCUCUCUUUGUUACUCUAGGAGAAAAAGAUCCCACUAUCUCAUCGUCAGAUGGCCUAUUAUUAGGACUGAAAAUGUCCUCAGUCUCAGGGAUAUUUGACAUGAAAGGACUUGAUAUACUGAGUGAGCAAGACAAAAGAGAGCUGGAGUGUAGGUGUAGUUAUUUAUUUACAGAAAAAAGCAACAAAAAUGUGUCAUUUCAGAAUGACUGAGUGUACCUGUCUCGGAUGACAUUGAUAGUGUUUAAUCCUCUUGCAGCAGCAAUCUGUAUGACCGCCUGCCCAACUCCGCUGUUAGCUGCGUUCUGGAUCACUGUAUCACCUGAAAAUAAAGCAGAUGGCUGGAAACUAUCACAUGACAGCUAAAAGUACUGCACUAUGUUUUUAGAGAUGGCUUGUGCGGGAAUACUGCAUCAUCAAGUUUCAGUUCAGAUUUUUAUUUUAUCAGCACUUUGAUUAGACGUGUUAUCACCAUGUGACUACCAGCUCGCUUGUUGAUUAAUGAACACACUUUAAUGAGCUUUGAAUGAAUUUCUCCCUAUGUAAGUUCAUGCUGCACAUAUCAGCCCAUAAACCUGAUCAACAAAGUGGCUUUAAAUUUACUGAUUGAAGUUAGGACUACCUCUGAAAGUCCCAUGUCUUUGGAAACACACAUGCCCCUGUGUGUGGACCUGUUUACCUGGCUUAAGAUCCUCAAAGUCAGAGAGCAUCCUGAACGCAGUGCACGGGUUUACCCCGAGUGUGGCAGCAGACAACAAGGGAAUGUUAUUCGGUAGCGAGAUGACAUCGUCCUCAGCUAGCACUGCCUCUGUUCUCCAUGUCCCUGCUCAUACAAAGGCACAGAAUUCAUGUUGGGAGACACAAUUGUGACCUUGUGGUCCCAGCCAUGUAAUUUUAGCUGUCACUUACCUAGACCAGCAUCUCUUGGGAUGACCCAGUCUCCUGUUUUGAGGGAUUUCACCUGGCUGCCCACCUCUAUGACCUGGGCCACCCCUUCAUUGCCCCCAGCAGCUGGGAGUUCAGGCAGGAUGGCAUAAGUACCUGCAAAAACACUGCUAGAUAAGCAACUGGUCUUCAUACAUCAUAAAAAAGUACUAUGUUUGGUUUCUUUGCUAUUUUGUUCCUCAUGGUAUAGCUGCUUUAAACAAG